AUGAGUGAAGAGAGUGUGACCCUUGAUCUUCUCAAGAGAAAAAUGGAUGAGUUUGCAAAGGAAAGAGACUGGGAGAAGUUUCACAGCCCCAGAAACCUUCUUUUGGCUAUGGUUGGAGAAGUAGGUGAACUUUCAGAGAUAUUUCAGUGGAAAGGGGAGGUUCAUAAAGGACUGCCAGAUUGGAAAGAAGAAGAAAAAGUACACCUGGGAGAAGAACUUUCUGAUGUAUUGCUUUACCUGAUUAGGCUGUCUGAUAUUUGUGGAAUUGAUCUGGGUAAAGCUGCCCUUCGUAAAAUGGAACUCAAUGCACUCAAAUAUCCAAUCAAAGGAUGUUCAAGCAAUGUCAGCAACACUAGCACUGCAGAUUGA